AGAAAAGAGAAGAGAGAGAAAUGUCAACGCGCUAACACUUUGGAUUACGUAGGGGGCGGACACAUGGGUUCGCCAGCCGUCUCAGUGGAGCGUCUGGCCAACGAUGAAACUGAACAGGCGGUGGCUGAGUUGAUGGAGUAUUUUGGCCACAAGAAGGUCGACGCUUUUGUCGACUUGGAGAUAGGCGGUGCCAACGGGCUGCAGGGUCUGGCCCUGGGAUCGACCAAGAAUCUGGGCUGUCCGACGGUGGACGCAGAUUUUAUGGGUAUGCUUUAA